AUGCAAGAAGCUGUGGCCGAUCAGCCUCCUCAGAUGAUCCCGCAGAACGCAGCACUUCACGCUAACUCUCGCGCUGUAGUGAUCGAAGCAAAGUCGUUCGCAUGUACUUUUGAGGACUGCAACUUCAAAUCGUACCGGUAUCACCAUUUGAAAAGACAUAUUAUGACGCAUACUAAGGAAAAGCCGUUUGCCUGCCCUGAGUGCGGGACUAAGCGCGCACGACGUGACGCGCUUGCCCAGCACAUGAAGACGCAUGCGAAGAAAGACAAAUGCAGGUGCAUACAUUGUUCAAAAAAGUUCAACAGCGUGGAAGAAGUACAAGAACACCUUGAUACGGCACAUCGACAUAUCUGUGACAAAUGUAAAAGAAAUUUUGUUAGUACGAAACAACUGAGUGACCACAAACGUGAGCAUAAUGUGACCAGAUGUCGAAUGUGCGCGUUUUCGUCGACGCACUACCACAAGGUCAUGAGACACGAACGCAAAGUGCAUUUUAUUUCCAAGGACAAUCAAAUAGCUCAGGCGGCCACUCCGGAGGACGUAAGCCAAGGUCAGACUGUGGACGAAAUCGAAGAUCAAUCAGGCAGCGAUAUCAGGGAGGCGAGCUCACCUGAUUCUGUCAGCAGCCUCACAGGCCCAGUCGCUAUGGUCCGCGCGCCAGCCACUGACGACAACCUUUCUUCCCAACCGUUGGACUUGUCAGUCCGAUCAACCGUAGUACAGGCCAAUAAUGGAACCAACAUCAACUUCAAUUCAGUCGAUGGAUCCAAUCCUAACCGAAUCCCUCCCGCUCCUUUGAAUCUGCCCUAUGAGCUACAGAUGAACAGUGUAAUGAGACCAGGCUACUAUUUACAUUUGUAUCACAACUAUUUGGAUUACAUCAAUAAUCCCGCGUACUGGUAUUUUUCUCAGAACUAAAAGCUUACCUAUACAUGUCUGUAUUGACGAUUAUGACAAAACUUAUAUUAGAAUCUGGCCAGUACGACAUGAAUCGUGCAAUGUAAAAGAAAUUAGCAUUUCAACAGAGGAAUAUAACGACUCACAAGCGCGUUCGUAAGCGAAGAGAACGAUACAUUGCAUCUUAUAUAGCUACGUUGUGACCGGCCAACGAAAGGCGGUCCUUUGCUUGCCUUAUGACCAUCGUAGACCAUUUCCGUGCAAGACCACCAUCAGCCUCUGAUUUCUCGUUUCGUUUUUUCGUUGUCCAGUGUCUAUCUAAAUAACCAAAAUAUGGCACUGAUUCCAGGGCUUUCAUGUCUUACGAUAAACAUUGCGCACAAUACCGCCAUGCUAAAUACAAAAAAUAUUGCAAUACAUUGAAAGUAAGCCGAGAACGAUAACAUAUACGUAAGUAAAUACCCCGAAUCAUAAAAUGUCUAAGUCAGUAUGUCUCUAAUGCCUAAGUAGCGAUAACAUUCGCUUAUCUUCACGUUUAGUUCUCUCGAGUGAUAUUUGCGGUACUUUGCACACUUGCAAUAAUGUUA